AUGUCGUCGGGUAAUGACUCCAGUGGGUCUCAAGCACCCCGGAAGACCUCGCCUGAGGAUACUCGUCCGAGAUUUGCUUUCGUCACGGAGACCAGUCAGUCAAAUGCGCGAAGCCAUGCGAUGCGCGAGCAUUGGAGACAACGUCACAGUCGUAACAAUAGCACCAAGGCCAGACGUUCGCAGCCAAAGCUUCUUCCAAAUAUCUUAUCUGCUGCAGACCGAGGCACGAGACACCAUGAAAUUGCCACGCGUGAGCGUUCGUCUCGCAGUCACGGGAGUCAGAGCUCAGGGCGACAGGGCUCGGAAGGUUCCUCUACUGAAACGGAUCAAGAUCGUGAAGAAAGGGUUGAACUCAUAGGGGUACCUUCACAGCUAUUGGGCGGGUUAAGUCGCGCCUUGUCAAGCUCGAGACUUGACCCUUUCCAGACAUUUCCGGUGCAAUUAACCAGUCAGCAUCAUAAGCUACUGCAUCAUUGGAUUGGCACCCAUGCCACUAUGAUGUUUGAGGAUUUGGAUAUCCCCAGCUUCAAUCCAAUGAAGGAUGUAUGGUUCCCAUUGGACCUUUCCAAUGCCUCCUCAUUCAACGCGAUUAUGGCACACGCUGCCGCGCAUCUAUCCCAUCUCUAUGCAGGAACUAGUCCGCAAAGGGGAACCAAUUCAGCCGAUGCCUUGAAAUAUAAGGCAGAAGCAGUCCGGAUUCUGCAUGAGUGGCUAUCAGACCCACAAAAGGCGCUCAGCUAUGAUGCAUUCGCGGCUGUGAUUCGACUUUUGACGUUUGAGAGAUACUGGGGAACUGCAGAAGAGUGGAACAUCCACCGCAUGGGCCUGCAGAGAAUGAUAGAAGCCAAGGGCGGGAUUGGAGAGCUACAUGAUAAUUGGCGUCUUGAGCUUGUUGUCUAUCUUGUUUCCCUGAUGGCCAAGCCGUCGUGGUUUGAGCCCACCAACAAUAUCUCGGAGGUAUCCGAGCCCUCGGCCGAUGCAUUCGCCUUGGAUCCUUCAAUGGACUUUCAAAAGAUACGCUGCUUGUGGUUGAUAUCUUUCAUCCAAGAUCUACGAACAUUCAUGGGAUUUUCUUCCCGAUUCUACGUUCAGGGACUUUCUACCUAUCCCUCCCUCUACCAGGCCGUCCUUCAUCUUCGGGAUGAAUUUCAACAUUCCAACUCAGAUGCCUCUCUUUCACCUGGAACAUCUCCAUCCGACUAUGACAGGCUAACCUGCUUGUUCUCAGUCUGCUUGAUGAUUCAAGAAUCCAUUUCUUCUCCACCUCCUAUCGACGCCGCGAGCAACCCGUUCUGGUCCAGUGGACUAGAUAUUCUGGAUGGGGCUCUGAUGCAGUCGCGAGAACCGUGGGACUUUUCCGUACAGAAUUUGCGCCCAUUCUUACAUCAACACCUGGCCGACACUUACCCAGACGGAAUGCAAAAAAUAGAAUAUGUGCGGAGGAUGACGGAGAUUCUGAGCCAGGUUAGCCCCGAGGCGCGGAUAGGGGUCGAGAAAUGUCUGCUCAAUAUGUUGUGUCGUUCAAAGGACACACAGGCAGCGUUCUUGGUGGACGAAGGAUGGACACCUGACUCGCUGUUGUCAUCGAUGCACGGACAAUAA